AUGAGUGUAUUGAAUAUGAAGACGUGGUUUUUGCUAUGUUUUACAUUUAUUUACUCACAAACUGAAAAAUCGCAGCCAUAUUUGUCGCCAAAUUAUUAUUUUGUAAAUAGUUUUCCUAGAGAAGCUAAAACGAAGAUUGACAACUUAAGACAAAUAUUUGGAAAUGAAUCUUCUAAUAAAAGAAAUGUAGUCUUAUUUUUGGCACACACAACUUCUUCUUAUGUGUCUCAACCAGAAGUCCUACAGUGCUUAAAAUUGGAAGAGAAAGCAAUGAUUAAGAUGGUUAAAGAAACUAACCAAUUAGAAAUGCAAAAACGACACAUUAGAUUCACGAUGUUCCGAAAAAGAAACACGAAAACUUGCGCUGAACUUUUUAAACUAAGUAUUCUGUCCCUAAUAAAUUAUUGCAGGCUGGCACUUGGAAUGACUACAGCUAUUGCAUCAAUUGCAAACGAAACAUUGUACAACGUAAUCAAAGUCAAAAGUGACUUGGAACCGGGAAUUAUUAGAGAACAAGACAAUGAUGUGUUUGGAAUACCAAGACAAGGAGAGAACCUCCCACACGAAAAUAAAGACGACCAAAAAGAUGACAAGACAAAUCCCAAAACCUUACCAUCUUAUUCCGUAUUUGGUUAUAACAGGUUUGGAAAGCCUAUUAGAAACGUUAUCACUGACGGGGAGCAAAGUGAAUCGUUCAACGUUAGAAUAAAAAGGGGUUGUCUCGACGGUCGUUGCCAAGAUAACCCUCCAGAAGAUGCAAGUAGGGAGGAACUCACAACGGAACUGGCAGAAGCUGGGAAAGAUAACGGCUCCUUUUGGGGCAUCAUGAACAUCGUCACCGACACGAAGUUUUCAUUUUUUGGAAAACUUUUCGGCGAUUCGAACAACCAAACUAAGGACGAGGAAUUGGACUUAGACAACUUGGGCCAGAUUAAAGACAGCUCAUUUUUUGAGGUCGUCAAAAGUACAUUAACAAGGCUUCAAAACAAAGAGAGUCCGUUCCUGAUGAUUGUCAUCGGAGGAGAAACAUCGGACUUAUCUAAGAAAAAUAGCCAAUUGGUCCAGAGCAUCAAACACGUCAUGGAAAACGAGGUUAACAACAACACUUUGUUCGUUGUUACCGGCAUGUGCCCCGAAUGCCAGACCUCUGUGAAUGGGGAAGAACGUGUUGUAAAUAUCGGAGGGAGUCAAACCAGUACUCCUGGUAGAUAUGAAAGUGGUGACAACGAAGUGAUUUUGCCUAUUUUAUCGAGAGGAAAUGACUAUAAUAUGCUGUCACAGUGCUCAGAUUUAUAUGAUGUUCCGUUGAUAAUUAAGACGAUUUUAAGGAGAAGUUGUAAGGAAGGAUCACAGCAACAAAUUAGAAAAAGGAGGGAUACCACUGAUGAUCAAUCCUCAGCUAAUGUUGCCACUGCAAGUGUUGGAACACUAAUAUUCUGUAUAAUUGUGUACUUUUUUCAAUAGGUAUUAAUUAUAAUAAUUUGUACAUCCAUUUUACAAUAUAAA